AUUUCAGCCUCGGCGGAGGGGUUCGGGUGCGCGCACGUCGCUGGCGGCGGGAGCGCGCAGAGUAACAGGUGACUCAGAGUCCUGCUGUUUAUGUUCCCUGCACUGCCACUGAGUGCUCCAGUGAGUGUGAGUAGGACCCGGGAGCAUCACACGCAGAGUAUGCCGCAGGGAAACCUACGCUCCAGUGACCUGUAAGUUCCUCCACCUCUGUCUGGACACAACGGUGAAAUGCCCAUGUCUGGUCCUGGCUUCAUUCCUAACACUGAGCCAUUCCACGUGCACCGGAUCCUAAGCACAUGAAGUUGCGGUGUUUGUUGGAGCCCGCGGGCUGCGCAAUGUUCCUGGCACGGAUAGAGAAGCCGUAUUUUCUCAUUUGUUUAGUAUUUUCUCAGCUACUGUUUCUAUUCUUCCUGUAUCGGCGGGGAACCUAUAAUGGAUACCAAGGCUUGUUUGGAUCUAAUCCCACGUGGGACUACUCGAAGACUCACGAUGUGUACACCAAUCUGAGCUUUUUCACUCCGGACGCAGAGGCUGCCAAGACUCAGUACUGCUCUAUGAGUUCUCCCAUACUCGUUGGUCCUAUAACUGUAACUUUCGCCAAGCCACCAAGUUUGAAGAAGACCCAACUGAAGAACCGACAUGUAAAAACCGGGGGUUAUUUCAGUCCCAAGCACUGCUUUGGGCGGUACAGAACCGCGGUGAUUAUACCGCACAGGAACAGAGAAACUCAUCUCCGAACCCUGUUGUACUACCUUCACCCCUUCCUGCAGCGACAACAACUGCACUACGCAAUAUUUGUCAUCCAUCAGGCUGGCAGCGGCACGUUUAAUCGGGCGAAGCUCCUAAACGUCGGUGUGAGGGAAGCACUGAGGUACGAUGAUUGGGACUGUCUAAUCUUCCACGACGUGGACCUGGUUCCUGAAAAUGACUACAACCUGUAUAUGUGUGAUGAGCAAUGCCCCAAACACAUGUCCAGCGCAAUGGACAAAUUCCAGUACAGCCUGCCUUAUUGGAGGUAUUUCGGAGGAGUUUCUGCGCUAACGCCGGACCAGUUCAUGAAGAUUAAUGGUUUCCCCAACACAUACUGGGGCUGGGGUGGAGAGGAUGACGACAUUGCUUCCAGGAUUCGUCUGGCAGGACUGAGUAUCACACGGAUUCCGCUAAGUCUUGGCCAUUAUAAAAUGAUCCCGCAUGGCCGCGAUCCUGGCAACGAGGAAAACGUAAACAGGAACAGCCACUUGCAAAACACAGAAAGAACCUGGAGAGAUGAUGGGAUGAACUCUCUGCAGUUUCAUCUCCUUUCCAGAGAGAAAACCGCUCUUUACACCAACAUUACCGUGGACAUUGGUGAUGCUCCAGUCAGUCUGACUAAAGUGAACAGGUUUAAGUUCUUCUAAUUCUUAGCAGAUGCUCAGAACCCGGUACUUCCUGUGGUUAAAAACUGACCAGACCUUCAGACAUGAGACUAAAGGCUCUCCAGACCUGUGCAUCACCAUAAGGUCUGCUGGUAGAGUAUGUCUUCGCCUACGCACAGAGGCAACCAUUCUUUGAGCUGACCCAAUACUCCGAUGCCAUCUAUGAACCCAUUAGGAACCUGAGAAAACAUAACGGCCAGCAGAAUCAAAACCAUCCGUCCACUAGAAUUCAGUGCCUCAGUGUGAGGUCAGUCUACGUUCUCAUGUCCACUGGUGCAGAACACAAGAUGGCUGCCUCCUCUGUGUGGAUUCUUAACCUCAAAAAGCCCUCUAGCCAUAGAUUGUUGGGUGGUGCUUCUCAGGAUGUCGGGUUGGAGAGUCCUGGUCUUUCCAUGAUUUAUAUAAUGAGUAAUGUGGAUAUACUCCACAGAUGUUGUAGUGCUUCCUGAAAUGAAAAUCCGAACUGAAGUGUUAAAAACGGCCACCUCAUGGUAGGAAAAAUGGGGCCAGGCAACACAGAACCUAUACAGCGUAUUACACAGCAGAUAAAGUGUUGUGAUGUGCCUUCUAAGGGUGGGUAUUCCCUACACAAGGAGGAAUGUCACCUUGUUCUCAGGUUUGUCCGUCUCUAAAACAUUAUCACCGGAAUUCCCUCCUCUCCUGACUGUUAUGGUAAUAAUUCAAUAACAGGUGGUUUAGUUAUCACCUCAGUAUAACUUCCAUUAUUUUUAGAAUCCUUGUUACGUAGUAAUCAGUAGUGUAUUAGGUUUCGUUUUAUGUAUUUUUGUUUAUGGCUCAGUAUGAGUAAGAACGAUUAUAGUGUCUAACUUCUUAAGAAAACGUUGCAAAUACACACCUUUUAGAGAGCGUUUUUAUACUAAAUGGGUCAUUUUAGCAGAAUAUGGUACAAUAUUAUAUAUAUAUAUAUAUAUAUAUAUAUAUAUAUAUAUAUAUAUAUAUAUAUACACACACCACACAAGAGAUAUAUUUAUAAAUUCCUACAGAUUUCUCCACAUUUAUAGACCCGCUUCCCCCAUAGUCUAACAAUGGAGCAUGUAGUAUACAAUACAGCGAGAAUUAUUGGACUAUUGUUUGAAUGCUUCUCCAUUUGUCCCUUUUAGAUUCUCUAAUGAUAUAACCCUCGUUAAACUGAAAUAAAAUUUCUCAUACGUCCUAGAGGAUGCUGGGGUCACCAUAGAACCAUGGGGUAUAGACUGGAUCCGCAGGAGACAUGGGCACUUUAAGACUUUGAAAGGGUGUGAACUGGCUCCUCCCUUUAUGCCCCUCCUCCAGACUCCAGUUUUAGAAUUGUGCCCAGUGAGACUGUACGCACUACAGGGGAGCUCUACUGAGUUUCUCUGAAAAGACUUAUGUUAGGUUUUUUAUUUUCAGGCUGUUUAACAGUCUCCCUGCUUCGUGGGAUUUAGGGGAGAGAAGUAUGACCCACUUCCAGUGAGUUCAAGGACUCUGCUUCUGGCUACAGGACACCAUUAGCUUCUGAGGGUGCUGAUCGCUGGGUACGCCUACAUGCUUACUCCCGCAGCCGGCCGUCACCCCCUUACAGAGUCAGAAGACAGGUGAGUAACAGAAGAAAAGAAGACUUCUUCAACAGUGACUGCAUUUUCUGAGGUACUGCGCAAGGGGGAAGGG